AUGGACUUAGCUGGUUUUCAGGAUGACGGGUCUGAUUCGGUUCCGGCUCCAUCUGAAAGUAGAGUGAGUCCUGCGUCUGUUAAUUUCGAGGCGGAGAAUAUUACGAGUGAUUUCCCUGCACCUAGUGUCUCUCCUGUGGACAUUAGUUUGGAACAAUUGUUGUUGCCCUCUUGUUUCGACAAGGAGGGCUUGUUGGCUAUGGAUAACCCGGCAGAUUCCACCAGGAUUGAAAAGGACACUAUUUCAGAGGCGUCGUUGGCCCUUGAAACAUAUUCGGAGGAAUUGUUGGAGGGGUGUGCUGAGUUGUAUCCAAGUCACCACGAUUUCCAGGAGGUCCCGUUGGGUACAGGUGCAUUGGUCUACCAGGCUGGCCUUGAGGUUGAGGCUCAGGUGGAUUCGGCCGACAUAGGGUCGCGAGACCAACAGCACUCUCCGGUACUGCCUCAUCAG